CUGGAAAUGACACACGGGAGGCGGUCGAAUGGCAAACGUUAAAAUAAUGUGCUAUAGCUACGAUCCAACCGGAAUCCACAUUUUCAUCAGAUUUAUAUAAUAACGCGAUAUAGGUCAUUUUUAGUAAAGGGCAGCUAUAAGACCGCAGUAUCAAAUGGACGUCGACCGCAUCUGAAUGAACCCAGCAUAAUUUCUAGCCUACGGACUGAAAGAAAAAUAUCCUUAAUGUGUUCAAGCCUGGUGGUGUGUUCACUCGGUCAACCAGCCUUGGCGAGCAGAGGUGCUGCUAUAUCGGUGGACGAAAGUGAUCAGAGCGGAUUCGGUUCUGUCCCUAUCCACAGCAGUAGAAGUUUAGCGCCGUGAUUUUUUAUCUCCCCCCUCAUGUUACUGCAAAGAGCCACCUCCACAUUUCCCUAAUGAAAAUUCAUCUUUGGAACGGUUCCCGGGACGUGACAGAGAUUAUGUCGAGUAAAAGUGUGGAAUGGCUUCAAGAAGAACUGGAGUCCGGGCUCGGGGUGAGCUCGCUACUACUGUUGGACUGCCGAUCGCACGAGCUCUACGAAUCGUCGCACAUCGAGUCGGCCAUCAACCUGGCGAUACCCGGUUUGAUGCUGCGGAGACUUAAGAAGGGGAAUCUACCGAUCCGGUCCAUCAUCCCCAACAACGAGGAUAAGGAGAAAUUCGUGAAGCGGUGCAAGACGGACAUGGUUCUUCUCUACGACGAGGCCACUACGGACUGGCAGGAGACCGGGGUGGCGAGCUCUGUUCUCGGCUUGCUUCUGCAAAAGCUCCGAGAUGAAGGUUGUAAGGCUUUCUACCUGGAAGGUGGCUUCAACAAGUUCCAGACGGAGUACCCUGAGCACUGUGAGACCAACCUGGACUGUUCCUGCCCCAGCAGCUCCCCGCCUGCCUCCGUCCUGGGUCUGGGUGGGCUGAGGAUCAGCUCGGACUGUUCUGAUGGGGAGUCAUCGGACAGGGAACCGGGCAGCGCCACCGAGUCCGAGGGCAGCCCUCUCCCCAACAACCAGCCUGCCUUCCCGGUCCAGAUCUUACCCUACCUCUACCUGGGCUGUGCCAAAGACUCAGCCAACCUGGACGUCCUGGGGAAGUACAACAUCAAGUACAUCCUCAACGUCACACCCAACCUGCCCAACAUGUUUGAACAUGACGGAGACUUCAAGUACAAACAGAUCCCCAUCUCCGAUCACUGGAGCCAAAAUCUCUCACAGUUUUUCCCAGAGGCCAUUUCUUUCAUUGACGAAGCUCGCUCCAAACAGUGUGGUAUCCUGGUGCACUGCCUGGCAGGGAUCAGUCGCUCCGUAACGGUAACCGUGGCCUACCUGAUGCAGAAGCUCAACCUGUCGCUCAACGACGCGUACGACUUCGUGAAACAGAAGAAGUCCAACAUCUCACCCAACUUCAACUUCAUGGGUCAGCUCUUGGACUUUGAGAGAACGUUGGGGCUCAGUAGCCCGUGUGACAACCGCUCCUCCACCAAUGAACAGCUGUUUUUCACCACGCCAACCAAUCACAACGUGUUCCAGCUCGACACGCUGGAAUCUACAUGAAGGCGUGUGGGGGGGAGGAAGGGGGGGGGCGGGACUUGAGCGGCCAUCUUGGAUGUGAAUGUUUUUAUCUCUUCUCUUCAGAGGCUGGCUGUGCUUUGACAGCGGAUAGCCUGGGAUGGUGGACGGACUGUGCGUGGGCAGAGACAGGUCAGAGGCCAAAUGGAAGUCUGCUUGGCUUGUAGAGCUCUGUUGGUCUCUCAGAGGGUAGAAAGGAAGAGGAAGAAGCCCCGUCUCCUCUCCUCAGUGGUUUGGGAAGCUUGUAGUCUUGCCUUUGGAACAGCCUGUCUUAGAAGCAGACUGAGACGUGCUACGCUGUAGAACAGAACAGAACACAGAGCUUCAUACAAAGACAGGAAACAGAUGGUGGAUCCUCUUGGACGACGACCUCAUCAACAACCUCGUGAUGAUGAUGAUGAUGGUGCCAAUGUGUUGCAGUGUCUGGGGGGGGGUCACCCCUUAUGGAGGGGAUCGCACUCUACUGAGUGAUGAUGAUGAUGGUGCCAAUGUGUUGCAGUGUCUGGGGGGGGUCACCCCUUAUGGAGGGGAUCGCACUCUACUGAGUGAUGAUGAUGGUGCCAAUGUGUUGCAGUGUCUGGGGGGGGUCACCCCUUAUGGAGGGGAUCGCACUCUACUGAGUGAUGAUGAUGGUGCCAAUGUGUUGCAGUGUCUGGGGGGGGUCACCCCUUAUGGAGGGGAUCGCACUGUACUGAGUGAUGAUGAUGAUGGUGCCAAUGUGUUGCAGUGUCUGGGGGGGUCACCCCUUAUGGAGGGGAUCGCACUCUACUGAGUGAUGAUGAUGAUGGUGCCAAUGUGUUGCAGUGUCUGGGGGGGGUCACCCCUUAUGGAGGGGAUCGCACUCUACUGAAUGUAGGGUUGGAUUUUUAAAAACAAAGAUAUUAUUAACACAAACACAAGUAUGUUCAAGUGAUGCAUAUAACAUGUACAAGUACUAAUGUAUGUAUGUAUGUCUACAUGCAUUUGUAUAUUUGUAUAAAUGUACGCACAAAUGUGUGGAUAUACUGUAUGUUUACUGCUACUCCUAUAAUCCUGUCCACAACCAGAAACAGAUGCACUAUAACAUCUGAAGGAGACCUGUAUAACUAAAGAGAAAACAGACCAAGAGAAAAGUUACUUUUCAUAAUAUUCUGGGUUGUUUUUAUAGUUUUUUUUUUUCUAUGUUUGUAAACGAUGAUCUAAUGCAGUUUGCACAGUGGUGAAGCCUAUCACUUCUUGGCACUUAAACUAGUACUCCAGAGAAAGAGACAUUCAACGAGAAGGCGAGAGGGAGAGGGAGAGGGAGGGAGAGGGAGAGAGAGAGAGAGAGAGGGAGAGAGAGAGGGAGAGAGAGGAGAAGGAGAGAGGGAGAGGGAGAGAUGGUGUGGUGUAGAGGCAGUCCUAGGCAGAGACUAGCUCCUGCAGCUGGUCUGACCAUGCCGUGGGCUGGGACUGGCUGGGUGAAGCUUAUUGUUCCUUAACUGCAUAUGAAAAGAUGGGUUCAUCCCAAGUGGCACCCUAUUCUCUAUAUAGUGCACUACUUUUGACUAGGACCCAUAAGGCUCUGGUCAAAUGUAGUGCACUACGUAGGGAAUAGGGUGCCAUUUUGGGAUAAAACCGUGGAUCUGUUUGUCUCAGCAAAGAACCUCACUUCCUCCGAGAGAGUUUUAAUCCUGGGUCGAUUCACCCCGCAAGCCUUGGCUAUAUUAUGAUAUUAUAAAUAUUAUAUUACAUUACACUACAUUAUUAUAUUAUGAAUAAAAUAUAAGGUAAAUUAUAUAUUAUGUUAUGUUCUAUACAUGAGCAAUCUACUGUGUGCUGUCCAACAGUGGUGUGCAGGUGACUACCUAAGGAAGUGGUUGGGAGGUGGCCUGGGCACCAGUCUAUUUGUGCAAUCAUUCCACUCCUUGCCUUUUGUUUGGCAUGACAAGUUGGAAUGACAGUUGGAAUGAUAGCACGAACAGACUGGUACCAGGCUAGUUGGGAGGUUGUUGGAUGUUGUUUAUUUACCAGUUGGAAGCCGGAAAAUGAGAACUGUUUUUUUUUACUGCUGUCUGGUAAGUAUAGAGAGGUUAUAAGCUCUUAUAACGGGUUAUAAGCUAUAGCUGAUCACAUACAGCAGCAUACAGUAUGUAGCCAGGAGGAUUUCUGACUAGGGUUGGACAUUUCCCGGUAACUUUCCCAAAUGUCCCAGUUUUUCCCAGAGAUCCCGGUUAGAGGAUUCCUGGAUUUCCUGUUUUUUUGGCUCUUGAUUACGGGAAUCUCCAACCAGGAAUUCUGGAAAACCUGGGAAUGUUGGGAAAGUUACCGGAAACCUUUUUUUGUGACAUUGUUACAUGAGACUUGUCCAAAGGGAGCGUGGCAAAGAACAGGGUUGCUUUACGCUGGCCUUAUUCUAUAACCUUAUAAUACAACUCUUUCUAUAAUGGUGACUGUUCAAUACUCUUUGUAUCUCACUUUAGAAAUAUCGUUGUGUAAAAACAUUUGUUCUUUAAUGAUAAUAAAAUCAAAAUAUACAUGGCAAUGACGGACAACUAAUUGUCGGUGUCCGAAAUAGCACCCUAUUCCCUAUAAAGUGCACCCCUCUAGUGCUCAACUGUGGUCAAAAGUAGUGCACUAUAUAGGGAAUAGGGUUGCCAUUUGGGACAGAGCCAUUGUCUUUAACGGGUCUUCAGACGAGGUUGUUUGUAUUACUCUGUCUGCAAUAUUAAAUCAACAAACACCUUUUAUUAUAUUA